AUGCUUUGCGGAAGAAACCGUAUAUUGUUGAAAAAAGUGCGCUGCGCCAGCACGUAUGUUUUACCCUUUGAGGAAAUUCCCUCUCCGAGAGGGCUUCCCCUCGUCGGUACGACUUUGGCUUUGCUUGCUGCUGGAUCCACUCCGAAAUUGCACAAGUACGUGGACAAAAGGCAUAAGAAGUUUGGAUCGAUUUUUAAGGAAAAGAUUGGGCCUAUUGAUUGCGUGUUUAUUUCCGACCCCGACGAGAUGAGAUCUGUUUUCGCACAAGAAGGGAAAUUUCCUAUUCACAUAUUACCUGAAUCCUGGACCGUUUACAACGAGCUACACGGUUGUUCUAGAGGCUUAUUCUUUAUGAACGGCGAAGAAUGGCUUUAUUUCAGACGCAUAAUGAACAAACUGCUGUUAAAGGGCGAUUUAACUUGGAUCGAUCAGGCCUGCGAAGAAGUAAGCAAUAUAAUCGUCGAUAAAAUUAAGUAUAAUAAAGUGGAAUGCCAGGAGUAUAAAACAUUGGAAGCGGAUUUAUAUAAAUGGUCUUUGGACGUUAUAGUGUGUGUCUUGUUAGGCGUUGAUGUUUAUCGAAGUGCAUCCAAGAGUCUGGAUAAAUUGGUUAAGCAAGCAUCUAAAACGGUGCACUUAGUCUUUGAGACAAGCGCUAAAUUGUCUUUAAUCCCGGCCAGAUUGGCGGCCAAAUAUCGCAUUCCGGCGUGGAAAAGGUUCGAAAAAUCGGUUGAUUCCGCAUUAAUGAUAGCCAAUGAGCUGGUGACACAUUUAUUAGACAAUUAUCCACACGGUGACGGACUUCUGCACAAAAUGCAACAAGAGGAAAUAAAAAAAUCUGAAUUGAUACGGAUCGUAUGUGAUUUGAUUCUUGCUGCGGGUGAUACCACAGCAUACUCGAUGCAGUGGAUCCUUUAUUUAAUAGCUAAAAAUCCUGUAAUACAAAAUAAUUUACGACAUAACCUACAAAAUAAUUCAUCUACCCUGCAAAAGAAUAUCCUAAAGGAAAGCCUAAGACUAUAUCCGGUAGCUCCUUUUUUAACCAGAUACCUUCCUCAAGAAGCCACGGUGAAUGGCUAUAGAAUCUCCGCUGGCACUCUUUUAAUUUUUUCUAUAUACACCAGUGGAAGGGAUACAAAUUAUUUUAAAAACCCGGAAGAGUUUAAUCCAGACCGGUGGCUAAGAAAGGGUACGAAUUUAGCUGCAAAAGCAACACUGCCGUUUGCUAUGGGUGUUAGAUCUUGUAUAGGAAAAAAAAUUGCCGAAAGCCAAAUUCAGCUGACUUUGUCCAAAUUGGUUAAAAAUUUUGAUAUUGAAUUGUGUAAUAAAAAGGAUGUGGAAGUGGUACUGAAAAUGGUCGCUGUUCCUAGUCAUCCCAUAAGACUGAAAUUUAAUAACAUUUAG